AUGGAAGCAGCGGUUGUGGAACUGGAAGUGGCACCUGAAGAGGGACCCACCUUGCUGAUCGCGGUGGAGAACAGCGGGUUGGCAUCGUCCGAUUCGGCCACAACCUCUAUCACGGUGCAAUGCGACGAAGAUGGGAGAGUAGAAGUGGAUCUUGAGGUGGAUACAACGCGCCUCGAAUCCCUCUACGCUCGAUUCAAGGCAUCAACGUUUCGAUUCGAUUUCGGCGAUGAGGCCAACCUCGCCACGCUCGCCGCUAUUCCCCUCGUUCAGGCCCACAUGCGAUCGAGAUCGACCUUCACCGAGCACGAGCUGUUCAGCAUCAUCUUCAGGUUCAACCGACCCUACCCCUCCGCCCAAGAUGAAGAGCAGAGCGUCAUCUCUCGACGGCUCGUCGACGCCGAGUUGCUGGAGGUCGCGACGGGCCUCGUCCUUCGCUGUGUCCUGCGGACUCGCUACCACGAUGCUCGUGUCAUGAUGGCGCACGCGUGCGGUGGCGCACACAACGCGCCCGACCUUCGGUUCUUCCUCGCCCACGACCAGGUCUUCAUCGUCCUCCCGCGCCAGCCGCAGCAAUCACAGCAUCACAACACCAUAAACAUCGACGUCACCCUGGACCAGAGCCCUGAAAGCGGCCGAGCCUCGCUCGAAGUGCGCCUUGGCGAAGAAGAAGACAGCUGUGACGAUGACGGCGACGGCUACGAUGGUGGUGGUGACGCGGCUGACGGUGCGAAUCCGUGGGUGCUGCUGCGCGUCAACGUCAAGCACGUGAUCACCGACAAGGCGAGCGUGGUGGCGGCUCUCCGGGCCAUCCUGGGCGAAGCCCGCGACCAGCGGCUCACGCUCCUUGUCCUGCGGCAGCGGUUCGAGCGCGACUGCGGCGUGCCCUUCGGCUGCGCGGGCUGCGGAUCGCUUACCUCCUUUCUCAAGAAGCAGCGCGCGAUCUUCCACGUCACCGAGGCCCGCAAGAAGAAGAAUCUCAAGUCCACGAGUCGAAACCGCGGGACGUGGGAAGAAGCGCAGGUGGUCGUGGACAGGGACGAGGAGCGACAUCGCCGGCGACAGGCAGACCAGGUCAUCAGCAAUCGGACGGGGCAAGAGGGCGUGGCCCAGGGCAAGGCCGAGGCCGAGGGGGACGAGGGGCCAGGGGCAAGCCAGGGGCUUCUUGAAGAGCCAGCGUCGUGCAGAUCAUCGUCGGCAACGCCGAACGUCAUCCGGCGACGGUGUGGUUAUGUAAUCCUGCAGAAGGCAAUCGAUUGCACGAUCACCUCGGCCUCUCCACCAAUCCUCCCCAUCUGUGCGGCACAAGGAGCAAUAACGGUUUAUGGCCAGGACGUCAUCGGAGCGGUGCCAUUGGUCGAGGGAUGUCACGCAACAAGUGGUGAUGUUGUUCCUUUAAUGUUGCUCAUGGUUCUGGCGGUCCGCGUACGGCCUUGUCCCUUGUUGUGCUGA